AUGGCUUCGAUUACUGGCCGCAGAGGGGAGUCCUCUACCCAGAGCUCCAAUCCCGCCCAAGCUCGCUUUGCGCAAUCGUCACCGGCGAACGACGACCCUGCGCAAGGCUCUCAAGAUGCUGACAAGCCCAAGAAGAAGAAGCACAGAGCCGGAAAGAAACACCGUCGCAACCGCCGCCAGUCCUUUGCAGCUCCCUCGGAGGAUCAGACGGACAACGGCGACGUAGAAGAGGGCAGGCCGAGCUUGGUGGAGGCUCGACAGCCGAGUGACCACCGCCAAAGCUUCUACAGGCUAGGGCAGGCGAACCGCAGUAAUACCAGUCUCGAAAGCGAGGCUCUGCUGGAUCAUCGUAACCACAGCACUCUUCAAGCCCGACGACAGAGCAUUCAUCCAGGCCCCUUCCAGCCCCCGGGCGGUCAGCAGUACAAGCAUCGUCAAUCGAACGUCUUCGGUGCAAGUAGGUCGAAGCUGUCAAAGAUACAGAAGUCGUCCGAUCGUGAAAGCGAAGAGGAGGGCAACACCGACGACCGCACACCGCUCAUCCCACCUUCUCAACAAAACAGUCCCACGUCUCGAAACAGAGGAUAUGGAGGCUUUCUUGGCCCGUCGAGCGGUGGCCAGCGCCCCCGCCGCAGAUCGACCGGCUCCAGUCACUCGCAUCGUAGUCGGGACAAGAGGACUAUCCUUGACCCGCCAGAACCUCCCAGAGAAAGCUUUCCCGAAUACGAUGUCAACAACCCGCCAUCAGUUCCUGUUAGUCCAAGAAUGGGGGCGGAGAUGCCUUAUGAAGACGUCAUGCUCAUGGGAGACUUGGAGCGGGAAACGUCCCGCGAAAGCCGUGGAUCACGGCUGUUGUCAGGAGAUGCGCUCAUUGAUAUCGACGGAGAUGGCAGCGAAGCAUCGCCCAAGAGCAAACCGGACGAUAUGAGGAGGCGCAUGACCAUGAGUGCCGAAGACGACGUGUGCUUUCCUCAAGAUGUCAUGUCCGAGACAGCCCACGAUGACGAUGAAAUGCACGAGGAACCCCGUCGAAGAUCCCGCCACAGCAGGCGCAGAAGGUGGCCCGAACUGUCGGUGCUGGACGACUACGCUCGCCAGGAGAAGAAAGAACGGACGAUGGAAGGUCUCCGAGCAAGGAAGGUCAGCGAGCCGUUGAUGGUCGGCGGACGCUUGCGCCCACAGAAGAGACUCUGGCAUCGUGAGGACGACGAUGCUCCCUACAGGUUCACGUAUUUUAACGAGGAAUUCGAGAGCACGAUUCACAGUCAGACCAUCUCGGAGCUAGUACAACCAGGGCAGACGUUCCGAGACCUUUUCUUGCCGGAUCCUCCUCUGCUUGAGGACGAGAGCUCGUCUGAGGAGGAAGACGAGUCACACCCACAGCCCACACAACACCACAUGCCUCCAUCAGAUCGCAAGACUGAUACAUCCAACAAUGGUGCAUCUGGCAGUGCAUCCCGACAACCCUCUAUGAUUAGUAUGCGUGAUCACAAGCCGCAGCAUCAUCCGUCGUCAGGCGAACAAACAGGCUCCAAUAGCCCUGGGGGAUCUCGCACUCCAAAGGGGCAAGGACAGAAGCGCUAUGGCCCACGCCCUGUCUUCUGGCUUGACGUACUCUCACCCACUGAUGCCGAGAUGCGUGUAAUCUCCAAGGCGUUUGGUAUCCACGCCCUAACAGCCGAAGACAUAAUGAUGCAAGAAGCGCGCGAGAAGGUCGAGCUGUUCAAGAACUACUACUUCGUCAACUACCGCACCUUCGAGCAAGACACCAACUCAGAGAACUUCCUCGAUCCGGUAAACAUGUACGUCGUCGUCUUCGGCGAGGGCGUAAUAAGCUUCCACUUCAGCAUGACGCCCCAUCCCGCCAACGUCCGACGGCGCAUCCGGCAGCUCAGCGACUACCUGAUCCUGAGCAGCGACUGGAUCUCGUAUGCCAUCAUCGACGACAUCACGGACGUCUACGCGCCGCUCAUCGAGCGCAUCGAGGAUGAAGUCGACGAAAUCGACGACGCGAUCCUUGGCCUGCACUCUCCGGAAGAUAAUUCCGAUAACGCGGCCAAGAAGAUGGCCAAGGCCAAGGAACUCGAAUACGAGAAGCAGUCCGAGGCAGGGGACGCAUCGGGCGGUGAUUCCGGCGGCGACAUGCUGCGCCGGGUAGGCGAGUGCCGCAAGAAGGUGAUGAGUCUGUACCGGCUGCUGGGCAACAAAGCGGACGUGAUCAAGGGUUUCGCGAAGAGGUGCAAUGAGCAGUGGGAGGUUGCGCCUAGGAGCGAGAUCGGGCUGUAUUUGGGAGAUAUCCAGGAUCACAUUGUCACGAUGACGGCGAAUUUGAGUCAUUACGAGAAUCUUCUAAGCCGCGCCCACUCCAAUUACCUGGCCCAAAUCAACAUCCGCAUGAACGAGCGCCAGGAGCAGACCGCCGACGUGCUCGGCAAACUAACCGUCUUGGGCACCAUCGUCCUGCCCAUGAACAUCGUUACCGGCAUGUGGGGCAUGAACGUCCUGGUGCCGGGCCAGAAUGUCGACAGCCUGUGGUGGUUCUCGGGCAUCACAGGCGGCUUGCUCAUUUUUGGGCUGACGAGCUAUUUUAUCGCCAAGAGGGUUUACGGGAUUGUGUAA